UAGUGAAGGACACGCCCCCUAAACCCCCUCUUCGUUCGUCUCACUCUCCCUCACUCGCUCUCCCUCAUUCCCUCACUCCUCUCUCACACGUGGUCGCGGGAGAAACUGGUUCACCCGCCCUAGACCUCACGCCCGCCACCAGGUACAAAACCCGUUAACUUGCUCUUCAAUUGGUGAUAUCCGGACCCAAAAGUGUGUGUUUAAGGACCACCUGAAAUGUGGCUGUCAGUCAGCUGUUAAUAUAAUGGUCACAUAUACCUGUGAAGUGUAAACAUUAAGCGACCGUAGCGGCAGGAGAAGCUGUGGCGUACGAGAGUGCAGAAAGUGUCUUACAAGCGCGGAUAGUGGCAUGCAAGUGCGAACAGUGUCAUCCGAAUGCAGACAGUAUCAUUCUAGUGCAAACAGUGUCAUUUGAGUGCUGACAGUGCCAUACGAGUGGAGACAGUGCCACACGAGUGCAAACGGUGUCAUACAAGUUCGGACAGAGUGUGACGAGUAGAGGGCUGUCAUUCCAGUACACGCAGUUCCCUUGUACAAUGAUAUGACAUUGUCUCCGCUCUCCGCGAGCGCGGAUUUGGUCUGGGUUCGUAUCCUGCUGGGGAAGGAUUGACUAGGCGCCAAUCCUUAACGGUACGCCUCUGUUCACCCAGCAGUGAAUGAAUACCUGGUUGUUAAACGAUUCGGCUGGUCGUAUUGCAGGGAAAAAUUAGGAUUAACGACCUGUCCGAACUGCUAUGCGUGCUAGUGGCUGUACAAGAAUGUACGAACUCUUGUAUAUAUGUAAAUAAACAGAAAUAAAUAAUAGUGUCAUGUAGAGGACUGUGUCUUAUGAAUGAUAGUGACAGCACAUCCCGUGACGCAGCAGCGGCUCCUACAGUGUCACCUUGGAGUUGCCUGACAGCCUUCAGACAUGACAGUAAUCUGGAGGUAGAGACUACCAGAAAGCUUUACUGUCACUUAAAGUAAAAAUGAACGAAGAUAUAGUAGCAUUAGAAAAUUAAUUGAAACAUUAAACGUUGUUUUGGAAAAUCUUAAAUUACAGAAUCAUGUAAGGAGCGAUGGAAAAAAAUAGUCAAAGUAUUCGAACGGUUUUCAAGCAAGAGACAAAAAAAAAAACAUGAAUACUAAAGUCGCCCCUUGACAGAAUGUUGUCCCGUUUUCUACGACGCCUGGACCAACACUCUUGCUUGAGCCCAAUGUUACAAUGACGACGGCAAAGUGAAUAUAUUUUCAUGAUGUAUGUCACCGGAUGGCCCGGGGUAGGCAGUUCGGGGUCACGGGUCAAGGUAGGGUCAGAUGCCAAUACCGGAGGUGACCUGUUGACCUCGGCGACGACGGAAAUGGUGGUGAAUCAGUUUCUGGCGUCCGUGGUUCGAGACCUGUCGCAGCCUCAGCCGUCCCGGACAGAGCAGGUUAACCUCACCGCGGUUAAGGUGAGAUUAGCCGCUCUCACACCCACGCCGCCCAUGCCCUUCCUCUCCCCGCACCUCCCAGACACCCCCGACCUGCUGGCUGUGGGCGUGUGUGGGGCGUGGGCGUGGGUUCUCAUCCUGGUGCUGCUGUACCGCGGACUGUGUACGAGAGCCAAGCCCUACACCACGCCCAACCUGCUCCCCGCCCACGCCGCCCGCGUCCUCACCCUAGUGGUGCUGGUGCUGGUGCAGGUAGCCGCAUGCGGGGAGGCUGCUGUGCGGUACUGGAGGUCGCCAGCGCCGCACCUACUGUUGAUACCGGCCGCAUGCGUCGGCCUACUCACCACCCUCCUCACCGCGGUCUUCUACCACGUCAUCGAGACGUGGCAUUCCCCAGCCUUCGUGGUUUUGACGGUGGGCGUGUGGGCGGGCGGGGUGGGCGUGGGGGUGGUGAGGGCGUGGCAGGUGGUGGGCGGGGAGGUGCCCCUCGAGCUGGUCUACCCCACACUCACCACCCUCGCUCUCUUGCUCUCUGCCAUCCUCUUCCUCGUCGACCUCUGGACCCUCCUCACCUGGACGUACCGGCAGCGCCACUGUGAGGUGCUGGAGAUCACUCCUGGGGCGGAGGAGGUGGGCGUGGGGGCAGGAGGCGUGGGCGUGACCUACCGUCACCCGCUGGUGGGCGUGCCGUCCCGCGCCACCUUCGUCUGGUUCCUCGAUGUUCUUAGACUCGGCUGGCAGCGCCCUCUCGAAUUCUCAGACUUCGGCAAGCUGCCCAGGGAGGAGGAAUCCCGCUUCCAGUACGAGAGAUUCUUCAAGCAUUACCUUCAGACCCAGAUGAGCUGCAGCAACCCAGACGAGGUCGGCUGGGACGUGAGGUCCCCGCCGCUGUGGAGGGUCUUGACACACACGUACUGGCGCCAGAUGGCGGCGGGAGGCGCCUUCAAGCUCCUUGGCGACGCCGUCAACGUGGUGGGGCCGCUGGCCAUCGCCCUGAUCGUCUCCUACGUCAGCCAGGUGCAGGACGGGACUCUUCAGCGGCACGGCGUCCUCGUCAGGCAGCUGUACUACGUCGGGUGGAGCGAGGCGGUGAGGAACGGGUGGGUGGUGGCUACGGCGGCGCUGGUGGCGGCCCUCGCCCAGUCAACCUUCAGCCAGGCUUCGACCCACCUGGUCGCCAUGGAGGGCAUCCACGUGAAGGCCGCCCUGCAGGCCAUGGUCUAUCGCAAGGCACUCCGCCUGGCCUGCAGUGGCCCCGCCGCCGACCCCAAGCCUCCGGACCAUGCCACGCAGGAGACGGCGAGUCACAACGGGGACUCUAAGAAGAUACCAGGUGGAGGUGGCGAUCAGAGAGGCGGAAGUCCCCCUCGAGGAGGAGCGGUGGACGCCGGAGCCGUCAUCAACUUGAGCUCUGAGGACGCUGACAAUGUCAUGACCUUCUUCAUGCACUGUCACUACAUCUGGGCCAUUCCCCUCAAGGUGGGAGUGAUCAUGGUGCUGCUGUGGGUGCAGCUGGGCCUCUCAGCUGUGGCAGCGGCUGUGGUCGGCAUACUGCUGCUCACACCCCUACAGUUCCUCCUGUGUACCAAGAUCGCAGCUGUCAAUAAGAAUUUCCUGGAUGUGAGCGAUGAGCGCCUGCGACAGACACACGAGCUGGUGACCGGGGUGAAGUUGGUGAAGGUCCACGCCUGGGAGAAUGUCUUCGUCAAGAGGAUCACGCGAGUCAGGGAGAAGGAAUUGGAUCUUCUCCAUCGAGACUCUAUCCUCCGUGCCCUUAUGACGUUCCUGACUCAGGGGUCAGGGGUGGUGGUGAGUCUGGUGACCUUUGGCCUCUACUCGUGGAUGGAAGGAACGGCACUGGAGCCAGCCCGGGUCUUCUCCGGCUUGGCCCUCUUCAACCAGCUGACGGUGCCUCUCUUCAUCCUCCCCAUCAUCGUCUCCCACACCAUCAGGGCUAAGAACAGCAUCCGUCGCCUGGAGGAGUACUUCAGUUGUCCUGAGGUUGAGGGCCCUAAGACACCCAAAACCCCUAUCACCUUGAGGGUUCAUAGGGCCAGAGGAGGUGCCAAGGGCGGUGGUGCCAAGGGCGGUGGUGUCAGAGGUGGUGGUGGUGGUGCCAGGGUAGCAGGUCCCAUGGCUGCUGCGGGAGCCAGGACACUCAACAGGGAGGAACCACCGCUGGGUGAUGCCAAGGCCUCUCGACUCUCUAGGGUGACUGAGGAGAGUAGGCCAGCUUCCUCGUGCUCUAUAGCGUCGACCGCCUCGAAGAAGUCCGCCCUGACCAGAGAAAACGGGAAUGUGGCGAUGACCUCAACUUUGAACAGUGACUCUGAGGAAGAACUGGAAUUCGAGAGAUGGAAGAGACAAAAGAACGGUGGGGCACGUGGCACGCUAGACGGGCGGGACGUGGCAGUCACCAUCCAGAGUGGCACCUUCACCUGGGAGCACCAGGGCCACCUCUCAGUCCUCGAGAACAUCACCAUUGAGGUUCCUGCUGGAGGGCUGACGGUGGUGGUGGGCGGAGUGGGCUCGGGCAAGACCUCUCUGCUCCUGGCGCUGCUGGGGGAGAUGCACACUCUCAGGGGGCAGCUGCGCUGGAUGGGGGAGAUGUCGGUGUCGUACGUGUCGCAGCAUCCGUGGCUGAUGAACGCCACCCUCAAGGAUAACGUGGUGUUCGGUCGUCGGGUCCUGGCCAAGCGGUACCAGAGGGUCCUACAAGCCUGCGCCCUCACGCCUGAUAUAGAGAUCCUUCCUGCUGGAGACCAGACGCAGAUAGGAGAGAGAGGCAUCAACCUGUCAGGAGGGCAGAGGCAGCGUGUAGCCAUAGCCCGGGCCCUCUACUCUGAUGCUCGCACCGUCAUACUGGAUGCACCCUUUUCCGCCCUGGACGCCGGCGUCGGGGCCCAAGUGUGGCAGGAAGGCAUCGUCCAGUUGUUGCUGCGUCGGCGUCGGACCGUCGUCCUUGCUACGCAUCUCACACACCUUACGCAACACGCUGACAAGAUAAUUUACCUGGAAGGGGGAAGGAUCACGCUCCAGGGGAGUCCCUCAGAGGUGUCCCUAGCCGCCCCUGAGUUAUGGAAAGAGUGGGGGGCUAGCGAGGGCCGCCUAGCCCCUAGGGAUGCCCUGGGCCUCCGGGAGGGACGCACGGCUAGGGAGCGCUGGGUGCUCCUGAGACUAGUCACGAGGAUCACCAUGCAGAGGGCGUCCUUCCUCAGGAACUCCCGACGGGAGAGUGUAGAGAGCGGCGCGGAGCGGGAGGAGGAGGACGACUACAGCCACGACCCCAACACCAGCAGCAGGGACAGGCUCAUGCGGCAUUACAGCAUCAACCGCCAUGUCUCCCAUAAUGCCCUCCUCCCCGGAGACGAGUGCGAGUACCUACCUGCACUCACGCCUCCACUCUCCAGGCACUCCCUCUAUCGCACGCACUCCGCUAAGCUGCAGCUCUUCAGAAUCAAAUCGAGCGCCCCAGCCUUCGGCCGCAAGACAUCUCAGGUGCAGAGGAAGGGUCUUCCCCGCCAUGCCAAGAGCCUUCCUCCCCAGACACGGCCGCUGCCUCGCCUCAAGUCCUCCCCAGCAGUAGCUCCCCGACCCAGCAUGCUACACAGGCUCUUCUCCAACGCCUCCCUCAGAUCCUCGAAGCGACCGUGUACCCCAUCAGGGGACAAGUGGCACCUGGGGCGCAUAUUGUCCUCCCCUAGCGACCUGGAGGAGGACCUCGAGUUGGAGGAGGAGGUGCCCCUGGAGGAGAGGAUGGAGCAAGGUGUGUCAGUGGCGCUGGACUUCUGGCUGGAGAGCUGGUCUGGGGAGGCCAAUUCCUGGAAUGCUACGGAACACAAAAACUGGCAGGCCUUCGACUCGUACUCGAAGCAGGCGGACGACCCUACAGGCAGGUCGUCGCCUGUCCAGCCCCACAUCAUCAACAUCCGUGAGAGGUACCAGACCUUCGUCAGUGACACGAUGCGCUACUACUUCACCGUGUAUGCUCUCCUCUCCGUCACCGCCAUCGUCCUCUCCCUCUCCACUAACCUCUUGGCUCAGUUCGCUGCCGGCCGAGGCAGGAGGCGCCUCCACCAGGACAUGCUGGAAAACCUCGUCCGCUGCCCAAUCCGGUUCUUCGACACGACACCUGCCGGCAGGAUCAUGAACCGGUUCACAACGGACACUGCCAUGAUUGACAAGGAGCUGGCGAGGUCGGUGACUCACCUGCUGUUCUUCGUGCUGCUGGUGACCUCGGCGGUGCUGGUGAAUGUGGUCAUCACUCCGGCCUUCCUGGCUGUGGCCGCCCCCAUCUGCGGCAUCUACUACGCCGUCCAGAAGUUCUUCAGGUGUUCCUCCAGGGAAUUGAAGCGUCUGGAGAGUUUGUCUCGGUCUCCCCUCUACAGUCACCUGAGCGAGAGCGUGGGAGGCGCCGUGGUGAUCCGGGCCUAUGGGGACCAGAGGAGGUUCACGGACGUCCUCCUUCACCGCCUCGACACCCACCUGGCGGCCUUCACUCUCCUCCACGCUGGCAACAGGUGGCUGGGCAUCUGUCUGGACUACAUCGGAGGGAUCAUAGUGUUCUUCGCGACUUCGGCCUCGCUGCUCUGGUCAACGGUGGUGGCCAGGAGCUUGAGCCCAGCCAUGGUGGGGUUGGCCAUCAACUACACCCUGCUGGUGCCCGUCUACCUCAACUGGGUCGUGAGGUUCAUGGCCGACACGGAGAUGUGCCUCAACGCCGUGGAGCGGGUGCAGCAGUACGCGUCCCUGCCCACGGAGGAGGAGGAGCAGCAGGAGGAAGACGGGUGUCACCAGCCUCACCACGCACCGGACACGGUGCAGUACUACCGUAGACGCCCGAGCCAACUCAGUCACAGGUCAUGGAGGUCAGGGUCAUCCACUGGGUCAGAGUCAAGCAGAUCAUCAGGGUUACCCCCAGGGUGGCCCCUCAAGGGUCAGCUGGAGUUCUGUGAUGUCACUCUGACUCACGAUGCAUCUCUGGAACCUGUACUGACUGGCCUCAAGUUCACCAUCAGUGCUGGAGAGAAGGUUGGCUUGUGUGGACGAACCGGCAGUGGCAAGAGCUCGUUGAUUCUGAGCCUGUACCGACUGGUGGAAGCCAGCGAGGGCAAGAUACUGAUCGAUGGGACGGACAUACUGAGUGUCCCUCUGGCUCUCCUCCGAGGGUCCAUCUCUGUCAUCCCUCAGGACACUCACCUCUUCUGUGGCACCAUCAGGUUCAACUUGGAUCCACUAGGGCAGCGUCCAGACGAACACUUGUGGCAGGCGCUGGAGGUGGCUCAACUCGGAAACCUUGUGGCCGCCAUGCCUGACAAGUUGGACAGCGAGGUGAGUGAGGGCGGCGGGAACCUGAGUGCCGGCCAGCGACAGCUCUUCUGUGUGGCCCGAGCCGUGCUGAGGCGGUCGUCCCUCCUCAUCCUAGACGAGGCCACCUCUGCCCUGGAUGCUACCACGGAGCGGGCGCUCCACAGUGCCCUCCACACCACCUUCCACCAUGCCACUGUCAUCACCAUCACACAUGGGAUCAGCAGUUUACUGGAGUAUAAUAGAGUACUUGUAUUAGAAAAUGGGAAAAUCGUAGAAGACGGGAAUCCCAUGGAACUUGCUAAGAUAGAAAAUGGAGCAUUUGCAAAGCUUCUUGCAAAUUCAAAUGAUAGAACAAAUAAGACUGAUUUUACUGAAGGAAAGAAAAACAGCAAGGAAAGCAGACAAGAGAAUGAAAAGAUAGAUAGUGAGGGGAAGAGAAGAUUACGCAGACUAUAAACGUUCCAGAUAAAACCAUUUAAAAAUUGAUGGACAAAGUGGGAAAUUAUAAAAGGUUGUGAUUUGUAUUGCUUUGCUUUCAACUGUAAGAAAGCUAUUUUAUUAUUUUUAAUUUGUUGUGCCUGACAUUACAACAAAUGCCACGAUUUUGUCAAGGAAACAAGACAUAACUGGAAACUUUGAGUGAGCUGUACAAUGGUGCUUUCUAAAUUUGUAAUUAACGAAGAUAUACCUCAAAUAAAAUUAUAGAAAACUGUGCAAAUGCACCACGAAUUUGUGAUAUAAGCAAUUCAUAAACUAGAAAAUUGUGAUGUCAAGUUCUAACUGUUGGUAAAAUAACAGAUAAUGGGUUGAAAAUGUACAAAAUGAGAGGAAGAAAGCUAACAUGUUUCGUAAUUUUACUUCCAUAAUUGUAUACGUGGUUUAAAAGAAGUUUCAUUCAUAAACAAUAUAUAUAAAUUUUGUUAGAAAUCACUUGUGACUGACACAUCAUGACCGAAGAUUAAUAUUAAACCUAAGAAGGAUAAGCUAGGGUUUAUGAACUUGCAUAAUGAACCAAAUUUAAUCCUUCUCCAAGUUAAUACUCAUGCAUAACAAGAAAUUGAUACAAAAUUAAAUAUCCUAAAACAUUUUGAAGUGUCAAUGAGUGAUAAAUGCGAAUUUAAGGAAUUUAUGAAAAAAAGUAUUCUUGUCGAAUUCUACAAUUCCUUAGAAUACUGAGUGUUACCAAUGAGGCAUUUAUUGUAUGUAAACAAUCAAUAUGUAUAUGUGUGUGUGUGCUUGGCACUGUUGGUCCUUGAAACAAAUCCACACAGUCAUCUCCUUCAUUCCUGGAGUGUUUGCAUGAACACACCAAAUGCCAAUUUUACAAAGAAAUUAAAAAGAGAAAGUUAA